GAGAGCGUGAGAGUGAGCAAUAGAGAAAGUGAAGGAGAAGGGAGGCAGUCUUAGGGGCGAGUAUGCAGCACCAGCAGCAGCAGCGCUAGCGGCGGUGGCAGGGUUGUGUUCCCCUCCUCUCCUCUCCCAGGGUCGCUUUGAGAAGAGAGAGAGAGAGAGGGAGAGAGAAAAUUCCCCGGAACUCUCAGGGAAAGGGGAAAAAAAGAAAGGGCAGAAACCAAAUAAGUCGCCCCGCACCCAGGAAAAGGAGACGACAUCCAACAGCGCGGAGGAGGAGGACCACGGCGCACCAGCCCUGGGUCCUGCUACUACUUACUGCCCUUUGUACUCGCAGCCCCGCCGCCUCCGGGCCCUAAAAUCCCUCCCGGCUUGGCUGGUCUCUCCCUCUCCAUUUUAACUGCACCGGGCAACAGUGAAGAGAGGGUACCCAUAGAGGAAAAAAAGAAAGAAAUCUGGCGUGACGGAGCAGCCUGGGAACGCCGUCCGCCCGGCUUCUUUCUCCGCAUCCUAAAGAAGCAAAAGAGGGGAGGGGAAGCUCGCUGGUGAGCGGGCCGGAGGGGGACCGUCGCGGCCGCCGCUGCUGCUUCCCAUCCCUGCGGCCGCCUGAGCGGGAGAGGAACCGGCUCCGUUGCUCAGCUCCUGCUGCCGCCGUCGCUGCCUAUACACAUACAUACAGGCACACGCAGUCCCUCCUUCCUGCAUCCAUCCCCUUGAUCUCUCGCUCUGUUUUAUUACUCCUGGUGCGAGUCCCGCGGACUCUUCGCUCCGCUAUUUGUCAUCAUCGCUCUCUCUCCAUUGGCGGGGAGGAGAGGUUGAGAAAGAGAAAGGGGGGGUGGGGGUGGGGAAGGGAAAGGGGGGGAGGGUUGCGUGUGUGUGUAUGUGUGUGUGUGGAAAACUGCCUGGAGUCGUCUCUCUCUCCGUUGCUGCUGCUGCUGCUGCUGCCGCUGCUCCUGCCACCGCCGCCUCCGGCUCCUCCUCGGCCCCUCUUCGCCUCCAUGUGCCGGAUAGCGGGAGCGCCGUGGACCCUGCUGCCGCUGCUAGCGCUGCUGGCGGCCCUGCACCAGGCACCAAUACAGGCAACUGGUGAAAUCACAUUAUGCAAGACUGGAUUUCCUGAAGAUGUUUACAGUGCAGUCUUAUCGAGGGGUGUGCAUGAAGGACAACCUCUUCUCAAUGUGAACUUCAGCAACUGCAAUGGAAAAAGGAAAGUACAGUAUGAAAGCAGCGAACCAGGAGAUUUUAAGGUGGAUGAAGAUGGAGUGGUUUACGCAGCAAGGAGUUUUCCACUUGCCACAGAGCAUGCUAAAUUCCUGAUCUACGCCCAGGACAAAGAAACUCAGGAAAAGUGGCAAAUGGCAGUGAAACUUAGCCUUAAUCCGACAAUCACGGACAGCCUAGUGAAGGAACCUCAAGAAAUUGAAGAAAUUGUAUUUCCAAGGCAGUCAUCAAAUUAUAAUGGCUAUCUACAAAGACAGAAGAGAGACUGGGUCAUUCCUCCAAUCAACUUGCCAGAAAACUCAAGAGGGCCUUUUCCUCAGGAGCUAGUUAGGAUUAGAUCUGAUAGAGAUAAAAAUCUUUCACUGCGAUACAGUGUGACUGGACCAGGAGCUGACCAACCUCCAACUGGUAUCUUCAUAAUCAACCCUAUCUCUGGUCAGCUGUCAGUGACCAAGCCUUUGGAUCGGGAGCAAAUAGCACGUUUUCAUCUGAGGGCACAUGCGGUGGAUAUAAAUGGAAAUCAAGUAGAGAAUCCUAUUGACAUUGUCAUCAAUGUCAUUGAUAUGAAUGAUAAUAGACCAGAAUUCUUACACCAGGUUUGGAAUGGAACAGUCCCUGAAGGAUCAAAACCAGGAACUUACGUGAUGACAGUGACUGCAAUUGAUGCUGAUGAUCCGAAUGCCCUCAAUGGAAUGCUGAGGUACAGAAUCCUGUCCCAGGCUCCAAGCAGCUCUUCACCCAACAUGUUUACAAUCAACAAUGAAACUGGAGAUAUUAUCACAGUGGCAGCUGGACUGGAUAGAGAAAAAGUACAACAGUAUACGUUAAUAAUCCAAGCCACAGACAUGGAAGGAAACCCAACAUAUGGUCUUUCAAACACAGCGACGGCUGUCAUCACAGUCACAGAUGUCAACGACAACCCUCCUGAGUUCACUGCUAUGACUUUCUAUGGUGAAGUCCCUGAAAACAGAGUAGAUGUUAUCGUUGCAAAUCUGACUGUGACAGAUAAAGACCAGCCCCACACGCCUGCUUGGAAUGCGGUAUAUAGAAUCACUGGGGGAGAUCCUACAGGGCGCUUUAUAAUUCAAACUGAUCCAAACAGUAAUGAUGGCUUAGUAACAGUUGCAAAGCCAAUUGACUUUGAGACAAAUAGGAUGUUUGUACUUACUGUAGCUGCAGAAAACCAAGUGCCGCUAGCCAAGGGCAUUCAGCACCCACCACAGUCAACAGCCACUGUGUCUGUUACAGUGAUUGAUGUAAAUGAGAAUCCUUAUUUCACCCCAAAUCCCAAGCUGGUGCGCCAUGAGGAAGGACUCCGUGCUGGUACCAUGUUAACAACAUUCACUGCUCAGGAUCCAGAUCGAUAUAUGCAGCAAAAUAUUAGAUAUACGAAAUUAUUCGAUCCUGCCAAUUGGUUAAAAAUAGAUCCUAUUAAUGGGCAGAUAACCACAAUAGCUGUUUUGGAUAGAGAAUCACCAAAUGUGAAAAACAACAUGUACAAUGCUACUUUUCUAGCUUCUGACAAUGGAAUUCCUCCUAUGAGUGGAACUGGCACACUGCAAAUUUAUUUACUUGACAUUAAUGACAAUGCUCCCCAAGUGUUACCUCAAGAGGCAGAGACCUGUGAAACUCCAGACCCCAAUUCAAUUAACAUCACAGCACUUGAUUAUGACAUCGAUCCAAAUGCUGGACCAUUCGCUUUCGAUCUUCCUUUGUCUCCUCCGAGUAUCAAGAGGAAUUGGACCAUCACUCGGCUUAAUGGUGAUUUUGCUCAGCUCAAUUUAAAAAUAAAAUUUCUUGAGGCUGGUAUCUAUGAAGUUCCAAUAAUAAUCACUGAUUCCGGAAAUCCUCCCAAAUCUAACACUUCUGUGCUUCGAGUGAAAGUUUGCCAGUGCGACUCGAAUGGAGACUGUACCGAUGUCGAUCGAAUUGUGGGUGCUGGCCUUGGAACAGGUGCUAUUAUUGCGAUUCUACUUUGUAUCAUCAUCUUACUCAUUCUGGUAUUAAUGUUUGUUGUAUGGAUGAAACGUCGCGAUAAGGAACGUCAAGCCAAACAGCUUUUGAUCGACCCGGAAGAUGAUGUAAGAGACAAUAUUUUGAAGUAUGAUGAGGAAGGUGGUGGAGAAGAAGACCAGGACUAUGACUUAAGCCAGCUCCAGCAACCUGAUACAGUGGAACCUGAUGCAAUCAAACCUGUUGGGAUCAGACGACUAGAUGAGAGGCCUAUUCACGCAGAACCUCAGUAUCCAGUCAGAUCAGCGGCUCCUCAUCCUGGGGACAUUGGUGAUUUCAUUAAUGAGGGACUCAAAGCUGCUGACAAUGACCCCACAGCUCCACCAUAUGACUCCCUGCUAGUCUUUGACUAUGAAGGCAGUGGCUCCACUGCCGGAUCUUUGAGCUCCCUAAACUCUUCAAGUAGUGGUGGUGAGCAGGACUAUGAUUACCUAAAUGACUGGGGCCCGCGCUUCAAGAAACUUGCCGAUAUGUAUGGCGGCGGUGAUGACUGAACUUGCAGAAUGAACUUGGUUUUUGGACAAGUACAAACAUUUCAACUGAUAUUCCCAAAAAAACAAAAAAAAAGCAUACAGAAGCUAGGCUUUAACCUUGUAGUCUACUAGCACAAGUGCUUGCUGAAGGCUUUGGCAUAGGCUGCAAACCCAUUGGGGCUCAGUGGGAAUAUCAGUGAUCCAAUACUGUUUGGAAAAAAAAUAUUGAGCUCAGUUACACUUGAAUUUUACAGUACAGAAGCACUGGGAUUUUAUGUGCCUUUUUGUACCUUUUUCAGAUCGGAAUUAGUUUUAUGUUUAAGGCUUUAAUGGUACUGAUUUCUGAAAUGAUAAGUAAAAGAGACAAAUAUGUUGGGGUGGAAGCAGUAAGUUAAACCAUGAUAUGCUUCAACAUGCUUUUGUUACAUUGCAUUUGCUUUUAUUAAAAUACAGAAUUUAAAAAAAAAAAGAAAAACCUCAUGGAAUGAUUUUAUUACCUUGGGGGAGGAGACCAUGAGCUUGAGAAAUGUACAUUACUUCUAGUUUUAGACUUUAGAUUUUUUUUUUUCACUAAAAUUCUAAAACUUACGCAGCUGGUUGCAAAUAAAGGGAGUUUUCAUAUCACCAAUUUGUAGCAGAAUUGAAUUUUUUCCUAAGCUAGAAUGUUAGACACAUUUUGGUCUUAAUCCAUGUACACUUUUUUUAUUUCUUGUAUUUUUUUCCACUUCACUGUAAAAAUCGUAUGUGUACAUAAUGUUUUAUUGGCAUAGUCUAUGGAGAAGUGCGAAACUUCAGAACAUGUGUAUGUAUUAUUUGGACUAUGGAUUCAGGUUUUUGCAUGUUUAUAUCUUUCGUUAUGGAUAAAAUAUUUACAAAACAGGUUUAAAACAAGUGACAUUUGAUUCAAUUGUUGAGCUGUAGUUAGAAUACUCAAUUUUUAAUUUUUUAAUUUUAAUUUUAUUUUUAAUUUUAAUUUUUUUUUGUUUGGGGAGGGAGAAAAGUUCUUAGCACAAAUGUUUUACAUAAUUUGUACCAAAAAAAGAAAGGGGUGGCCUGACACUGGUGGCACUGCUAAGUGUGUGUUUAAAAAAAACAAAAACAAAAAAAGCUUUUAAACUGGAGAGACUUCUGACAACAGCUUUGCCUCUGUAUUGUGUACCAGAAUAUAAAUGAUACACCUCUGACCCCAGCAUUCUGAAUAAAAUGCUAAUUUUGGAUCUGG